AGCGACCUCAGUCCGCCGGGCGGCGGCGGGAUGGAGCCCGCGGCCGCGCCCCGGCCCAACAUGGCGCCGGAGCUGACCCCGGAGGAGGAGCAGGCCACCAAGCAGUUUCUCCAAGAGAUUAACAAAUGGACAGUUCAGUACGUUUCCCCGCUCUCUUGGAAUGUGGCUGUCAAUUUCCUCAUGGCCAGGAAGUUUGAUGUGCUCCGUGCUAUUGAGCUCUUCCACUCCUACAGAGAAACUCGAAGGAAGGAAGGCAUUGUGAAGCUGAAGCCUCACGAGGAGCCACUCCAUUCCGAGAUUCUCAGUGGAAAGUUCACCAUCUUGAAUGUUCGGGACCCCACAGGAGCCUCCAUUGCCCUCUUCACUGCCAGGCUGCAUCAUCCCCACAAGUCAGUCCAGCACAUGGUCCUUCAGGCUCUGUUUUACUUGCUAGACAGUGUGGACAGCUUUGAAACUCAAAGGAAUGGAUUGGUGUUUAUCUAUGACAUGUGUGGUUCUAAUUAUACCAAUUUCGAACUGGAUCUUGGCAAGAAAGUCCUGAACCUGCUGAAGGGAGCAUUUCCUCGCUUGAAGGUGCUGAUUGUGGGCGCUCCCAUCUGGUUCUGAGUGCCCUAUUCUAUCAUCAGCCUCCUCCUGAAGGACAAAGUCCGCGAGAGGAUUCAGAUAUUAAAGACAUCCAAGGUCACCCAGCACCUACCCAGGGAGUGCCUUCCAGAAAACCUGGGUGGUUACGUCAAAAUUGACCUAGCCACUUGGAAUUUCCAGUUCCUACCCCAGGUGAACGGCCACCCAGAUUCCUUCGAUGAGAUCAUCCUGUUCUCCCUCCCUCCUGCCUUAGACUGGGACUCAAUACAUGUUCCAGGUCCCCAUGCCAUGACCAUCCAAGAGCUGGUGGAUUAUGUGAACACCAGGCAGAAGCAGGGAAUAUAUGAGGAGUAUGAAGACAUCUGCCGUAAGAACCCCGUCAGCACUUUCCACUGUUCCAUGUCCCCAGGAAACCUAGAAAAGAACCAUUAUGGAGAUGUACCCUGCCUGGAUCAAACCAGAGUGAAGCUGACGAAGCGAAGUGGCCGUACUCAGACAGAUUACAUCAAUGCCAGUUUCAUGGAUGGCUACAAGCAGAAGAAUGCUUACAUUGGUACACAAGGCCCUUUGGAGAACACUUACCGGGAUUUCUGGCUCAUGGUGUGGGAGCAAAAAGUCUUGGUGAUUGUCAUGACCACUCGCUUUGAGGAAGGUGAAAGGAGAAAGUGUGGCCAGUACUGGCCUUUAGAGAAAGACUCUCGGAUCUGAUUUGGCUUCCUCAUGGUGACCAAUCUUGGCGUGGAGAACAUGAACCAUUAUAAGAAAACCACGCUGGAGAUUCACAACACAGAGGAGCAGCAGAAACGCCAGGUGACCCACUUCCAGUUCCUGAGUUGGCCAGAUUAUGGCGUACCUUCCUCAGCAGCUUCCCUCAUUGACUUCCUGAGGGUGGUCAGACACCAGCAGAGGCUGGCCAUGAGCAGCCUGGGUACACGUGCCAAAGGGCAGUGCCCUGAGCCCCCCAUCGUGGUCCACUGCAGUGCAGGCAUUGGCAGGACAGGUACCUUCUGCUCACUGGACAUCUGCCUGGCACAGCUGGAGGAGCUUGGCACCCUUAAUGUGUUCCAGAUGGUGUCAUGCAUGAGGACCCACAGGGCCUUCAGCAUCCAGACCCCUAAGCAGUACUAUUUUUGCUACAAGGCCAUCCUGGAGUUUGCAGAGAAGGAGGGCAUGGUAUCCUCUGGCCACAACCUGCUGGCCGUGGAGGGUCAGUAACCCUCCCCUGAGCCUCUCACCUACUGGCCAGCCUUCCUUAGGCCACCCUGGACACCAUGAGCCUCAGGUUGCCAUCAGUUAUGCUGAAGUCAUGGAUCAACAUCCUUUUCUUGUCUCCCAGCACACACCUGCAUGCAAGGCAGUCUUUCCUUAGGCUAGAUAAAUGUGGUGACAUUGCCACUAGAAAGGGCCAGCAGCAAUGUGUUCUUAAUUCCUAGCACCUGCUAUCAAACUGUGCCUUAUUAAAACCAAAUUGUGGCUAUUGAUUUUUGCCUGGGGCCCCGAGGUAAUUGGGUAAGGACCUCCCGUCCCCUGCCCACCGCCAUUCUCUUCCUGGAGGUCUCCUUUCUCCCACUCCUUCCCUUCGCUAGAAUUUCACGGGGAGGGCUGGUGGGCUUCUGCCUUCCUCCCCAGAGAGCUUGACCAAGUUACAUAUUCUAGAGAUCGUCCUGAGUGCCAAGCACGUUUCUACGUAGGACGUGUAUUCCAGUGUCUUCUGUCCUUCCUCCUGUGUGCGUGCGUGGAUGUAUGUGCACUUCUGUGUAUGGGUCCACAUGUAUGUGUGUAUAUAAUAUAUAUUGUAUGUGAUAAUAUGACCGUAUUCUAUAAAUACAUAUACACACAGCUACUCCUUCGUAGACGUUCC